UGUUCUCCUAUUGUUAUUGAUUGUGAAGCUCUUCAUCAACGCGAAGGCUUACUUCUGUUGCCGGCCAUUAGGCCGAUUAUUAUUAACGCCGUCUCUGAAGAAAAAGUAUCAUUUAAAGAUGCUGAUCAUGCUGUCAUAGUUUUUAAACGAAAGAUGGAUCCAAACGUUGUCCAUAGACAGUUCCUCCCUGGAUACGGUGACCCUGCGACAUGGAGCAGUAUUCUGUAUAAUUAUGGCGGCCAAGGACCCGCAAGUCAACUUCAUGACCUCAGGGCCGAGCAACCGAGGGCGCUACCACACGAUUCCCAAAGGCAGCAAAUUUCAGGACAUGACAUUGCAGAGUUCUUUGCAAGAAAUGCACCCCCACCGGUAACAAUUCUAAAUGAGUGUCAUUUGCAAGCACAGCCCCCUCCACCCCAGCCUGUUACUACAUCACACCAUGAUGUUGUUCUUGACCUUGGUCUCAGUGCUGUUGUUGCCCCAAAGAAAAGUGAUAAGACGGAACCUAUAUUUAUUCAAGAUGCUGUUGAGAGGUCACGAUUUGAUAAGCGGAGAGUGAAAGCUUUGAAGUCUACUCUCAAUAACUGGUAUAAAAGAAGUGGCUCUGUUACAGUUGCUUUAACAUACUUAGAUGGUCAGGUUCAUAUAUCUGGACCAGACCAUAUGCUGUCUUUGAGUUCAAAUGAAGAAUUCAAGAACAUAUUUGUAAAUGCUUUAACAAGCUAUGACCAGCUAAGUCGGUUAGCAGAGAUUGUGUCCAACUGUAAUGAAGAGGACAAUGUCACAGGAUCUUUAAAUUCAAAUGAUGUACAAGGUUCUGAGAUUCCCGGUGAAGUGAAUAUUGACAAUGGCACAGAUCAAGGAACAUACGGGAAUUUCGAUUCAACUGGGGCUAAACAACCACAGAAAAAAGCUUUAGGAGAACCUGCUACCUUGGAUCAAGACUGCAAAUUGUGCCCACAGAAGUUUUCUUCCAAACAUUUUCUGAAGAAGCACAUGCUUGAAGCUCACAACCAAGUUGCACCUUUACUUGUUUGUCCAUUUUGCAACAAGCGAUUCAUGACUAGAUGGAAGCUUGAUAGACACACCAUCAUUCACACGGGUGCAAAGCCGUACAACUGUAUCUAUUGUCCAAAACGAUUUGCCGAGAAAAAUAAAUUAGUUGUUCAUGUAAAAAAUCACAAAGAAGGGUUCGUUGACCCGCAAGCUGUGGAGCGCCUUGUAAAUUCACUGCUACCAAAACGCAAAACCACACAUGAAUGCCUCGUUUGCGGGAAAUCGUUCAUGUCUUCUUGGAAACUCAACCGGCACAUACGCGUACAUAGCGGUGAAAAGCCAUACAAAUGCUCAAAAUGCUCUAAGUCAUUCAAUGAAAAAAGCAAGCUGGACCAACACGAGAUGCUUCCCCACGAUGGCACCAGAGUGCGACCUAAUUCACAAGAAAAACGGCACGAAUGUGAUAAAUGCGACAAAAAAUUUGUGUCCCUUUGGAAAUUGAAGCGUCAUGAACUUUUUCACAGUGGCGAGCGGCCCUGGCAGUGCGACCGUUGUGGGAAAGGAUUCGUUGAGAAUAACAAGUUAAUGUUGCAUAUAAAAUUCUACCAUACUGACAAAGAGUCUUCAGAUGCAGUUGCCAGGAGAGCAGCCAGAUCAAAAAAAUACGAAUGUACUGAUUGCAACAAGAAGUUUGCUACACAUUGGAAGCUUAAAAGACACAGCCAAACUCACAGCUUAGAACGGCCAUUUCGCUGCGAAGUGUGCAAGCGUGGUUUUUUGACAAAGAACAAACUCGAUCUUCACAAUUUCACGUUGCACAGUGAAGAAGGCGAAGAGCCUACAGCCAUCGAAACGACUACAGCCGUGAUUGCGAGCACUGGGAAAGUCAACCUCCAAGAAGAAAUAAGCAUACCAGAAGCGGAACCUAGUAAGAUAAGUCCACCAGAGCCAUUGUCAAUUCCCGGUCUGCCUAUGCCAACGAAUACAAACGCGCCCUAUGUCAGUGAGCUAAGCAACAGUCUUGAAUCGUCGCAGCCAGUGCCAGCGCCGGUUGAAAAGGUCACGUUGACAGUCACUGAUCCAACGGCAAUUGACGCUAAUGUGGAGUUCACCAUCUCCGGAGAAGGAAUCAGUAAUUCGCUCGAUGAUACAAAGACAUGCCGGGAGUGCGGAAAGUCCUUCAAAACACCAUCAAGAUUGAAAAGGCAUAUGGCUGUGCACACUGGGGUAAGGCCCUUUAAGUGCAAUUUGUGUGAGAAAGGAUUCACCGAACGAAAUAAACUGCUCAACCAUUUAAAAGGUCACGGUGUGGACGAUGUGGAAGCAGCUAUUGGGAAAUCACCUACUAAAGCAGAUGGUGCUGGAAAGCACCAAUGCUCGUUCUGUGACAAAAAUUUUGUUUCACCCUGGAAGCUUAAGCGGCAUCUCACGGUGCACACAGGUAACAAGCCGUUUUUUUGCAAAAUUUGCCAAAGAGCGUUUACAGAGAAGAAUAAGCUGGAAAAUCAUUUUAGAUCAAGUCAUCCGGAGGAUAUGACUUUGCUGGAAGAAGAGCUUUCACAAGUUGAAGUCACAAUGGUAGAGCCAGAAUCAGCUUUUAGCAUUGUGGCAAGGUCAGUUGAUGAAAGAAUUGUUGUCAAGCAAGAAUCUGAAAAGGGUGAUGCUAAUGAUGAAGUAUCGACAGACCUUCAGCUCGUCAAUGAAGCAGAUAACAACGAGAGUGAAACCUUCCCUUCCAGUUUUGCAGUAACCGGUGAAACUCAGACUGAAAACGAGACCAGCCAGUCUCGUAUCAAGGAACUAGUGUUCGAUUCCAAAAAGCCUUUGAAAUACACUUGUCAGGUUUGUGGAAAGAGUUUCAUCACACCUUCAAAGUUAAAGAGGCACAGCUUUUCACACGGAGAGCAAAAGCCGUACAAAUGUAAAAAAUGUGGAAAACGAUUUUCAGAGAACAACAAGCUGUUCAAUCACCUGAUUACUCACGAGAGAUUUAAGGGAAGCAAGUUAAUCACAAAGAUCCGGCUUAAGGAAGAGGGGGAUCCAAGGGAAGAUUCUGGUAGAUCUAUGGCACACAUUCAGACAUCGAGCUCGGUGAUCGUUGUCAGGGGGACUGAGUCUGCUGAAAAUUCAGAAGAGUUUGAUAUCAGCAACAGCAGCAGGACAGAUCACAGAGACUACCCAUCUGAAGUUGAUAUUCAGAGGAAAGAAGUGGGAAAUCUAAGAGCUGAGUCUCACAUCAAAGGCGUGGCUGCCAGCGAGUACUCUGAGCCAUCUCCAGAUAUGCCUGUGAUUUUACCAGCCCGAGAAAUAAUCAAGAGCAACUCAGAACAACUGAAGAUGUUAGUGGAAAAUGCUCUGGGCAGUUCAACCAAGGGCAUUUUAGAUAGUCCCAAAAAAACCGGUGAAGAUAUUGCAUCAACAAAUAUGGUAACAGUGGAAGCCGGCAAAGGUCAAAUGGCUGAAACGCUAAAACCAGCUCGCCAGUUAAAAAAAGUCACUGGCCUAGCCUCACCAAGCUUCGGCACUCAAACAGCUAAUGUCCUGUCCGCUAAAAUGACAGAAAUGUCUGAAAAUCAAACGCAUUCAGAUCAGUUGGAAUCCUCGAGAACAGCCAGUCAACUUUAUUCUUGUGACACCUGCCACGAAUCUUUCCUUUCAUAUUUUAGUCUCAAGCAGCACAUUACAGUAAACCAUCCUGAACAAAUGUUCCAGCAAGAGAAACCAUCAGACGAAAUGCGACAUCGGUGCACAGAGUGCCAUAAAGGGUUUAAAACGCCUUCUAAGCUGAAAAGGCAUUUGCUGUCACACACCGGAGAGACACCAUAUCACUGCCACUUGUGUCCAAGGCAAUUCAAAAGAAAUGAUUCAUUACGCAAACACAUGGAGGAGCAUAAUCGCACAACUGAUUCAAGCAAAAAGACGCCUGGGCAUAUCAAACUCUAAAGAUUAUGGUUUUAAGCAUUUACUGAUUGCAAACAGUUAUGUUUUCAGACUUGAAGUUUUGUAUAUAUUUUUACAUUUUAUAUUAGAUUUAAUUCUAAGUAACUAUUGAUGCAAGUGAACCUGAUUUUUAAAGAUGCUACAAUUUUCAUUUCGGCAAUUUCUUGUGAACAAAGAGGUUGUGAUUGCAUAAAAUAAAUCCGUGAUUUUGUGACAUGGGCUGCUAGAUGCGGAUAAACGCAAUAAGCUGAUUCAACGAAGUAUAUGAUGUGGUAAUUACCUUAAAGCGAUAUGAACCUAAGGUGGUAAGGAACCUAAGGUGGUAAGAAACCUACGGUGCUGUAAUGAAACUAAGAUGGUAAGGAACCUAUGGUGUUGUAAUGAAUUUAAGGUGAUAAUGAACCUAAGGUGGUGAUGAUUUCUGUUUUUAUUUUUACAUUUUCUAUUGAAAUGGAUUAGAACUGAAAAAAGAUGAUGUAGAAUGAUUUGCCUACCUUUCUUAACCUUUAUCCGUCGACAUAUCUAUGUAUCAUAGAUCUCUCAUUCAAAGUUGUGAAGGACUAUGCAUCCUGAGUUACAUAAAGUGAAAAUCCCUUAUUGGCCUCCUUAUAAGCCUUUUUGUUUUUGGUAUUCAGGUACUUAUUGUAGUAACCCCGUUUCGUCUGUAGCACACUAGAGUGUGUCAUUUAUUUUAACCAGGUCAAUGAUCAUCCGUGUUUUGUUCCUAUUUAUUAUUUCUUCGGAUUCAGUGAAAGGCUUCUGACUUUGACUUAAAGGCUUUUGCGCAACCAGCAUGCAUUGCAGUUAUAUUUUCAAUACCGGCAAAAUAUCAUACUGCAUGAAAAUACAAAGCACAACCAAUUUCUC